UCAUCAAGAGCUAACCGGAACCGAGGAAGAAGAAGUGCUCUGUGCUCACGCGUUGGCGCGGGAGUCGCGUGUUCGCACGUUGCUUCACGCGUUCGCAUGCUCGACGAUCAUCGGCUUCGAAUCACGCCGGAUCAGACCUGUCCGCUAUCUCGCCGUUGGCGGUACGAUUCCAGCCCCGAGCCUUCAAGCCGAAUCGCCUGGUGUGCUGGUCGCAGCACACAGGUCGGCCGUCGCAUCUUGCGAGCGUCCGUGGAACGACCGGACCCAAACACAGAGGCGGCGCCGGGACUGGGUACAGUUGGCCAUGAAUCCCCCCAAGUCUACGCAGCCUGGAACAAGACUCCUUGCGCCCAGGAUGGUUGUGGGCGGCGCAGUGCGACAACCACGUAACAUCCAGCCUCUCCUAGCCAGACCAGCACCGAUGCGUGCCGGCAUCGUUCAGCCAAGCGCCGUUGCUUUACAGACGGGUGUCAUGCCCGGCGCAGUCGUGUUCAAGACUGAGGACGGUCAGCUUCAAGUCGUUAACGUGCAUCCCAGCAGCGUUCAACCAGUAUCACCCGGCCUAAUUGGAAGCCGAGCACAAUUUCGGGUGCCUGCCCCACCAGGCCCCGCACCGGUACAGCAGCCGCAGCGGCUGGUGCAGCAGAUACCGGCCAGGUACACGGCUGCAGCCGUGAACAUCAGGAAUAGGCCUCCCGGCGGGGCACUCACAUCACCAGGCAUCGUCUGCGUCUCGCAGGAGCCAGUCAUGACACCGCCUCAGCCCUUGGGCGUCAAAAUAGUGCCCGCCCCCACCGUUUCCGCCGUCACCCAACAGCUGGCCAUACAGACGGGCCCCAUGGCGGUCGGCGGUCAUGACCUUGCCGGCGGCGCACCCCAAAUGUCCCCGGACACGGCCAAGAAAAAAUGUAGAAACUUUUUCUCGACGCUCAUUCGCCUCGCCAGCGACCAGCCUGAGAACACGGCCGCGAACGUCAAGCGCCUGAUACAGGGACUCAUAGACGACACUAUGCAACCCGAAGAGUUCACUACCAAGUUAGAGAGAGAGCUCAGCUCUAACCCACAACCGUGUCUGAUUCCCUUUUUACGCAAGAGUCUUCCUUUACUGAGGCACGCAAUGCUCACCAAUGAACUCUCCAUCGAAGGCAUUCGUCCUCCACCGCGCAGCGCCCUCUGCAUGCCGCCGCCUUCCCCUCCUAUCGCGCGUAGUCUGCAGAAGACCGCCGCAGCCAGGACGGUGUUGCCGCGUACCGCAGCCGCGCAGCUUCAAAUGAUCCCUCAGAGGGCUCUAGCCGCCGCUCAGAUGGCCGGUCCCGUCGACCUGCAGGGCCUGCUCGCCCAGCAACAAAGGCUCACGGCAUCCGUCUGUCCAGCGCCCGGCGGCGGCGUCACACCAGGAGGCGGCAAGAGUCUGCUACUGGCCAGGCCUCCCAACUUCGCCGCCGCUCUUCCGCCUACCGCUGGCGGCGUCUUACCUUUCAAGGUGCCGGCUCCCAUGUCGACAGCAUCGCAGCCGAAGGGUUCUCUCUGCGCAUCGACCGGAAGCAUUAGCGGCGGCGGAGGGGCAAACACAGCCAAAGAAAAGCGAUCCGCAGGACCAGCGCUGAUUGACGAGGACAUCAAUGACGUCGCCACCAUGGGAGGAGUCAACGUGGCCGAGGAGUGCCGGACAAUUCUCUCCACUGGCACUGGUGACGACGGCGCUGAGGUGCAAGCUCGCUCUUGCAAGGACGAAAACUUCCUCUUCACCGCCGCGCUGCACAAAAGGAUCAGUGCACUGGCCGCACUCCACGGCAUCGACGAGGUGUCGGAUGACGUCGUUGCCCUUGUGUCCCACGCGACCCAAGAGCGCCUGAAGACGUUCAUCGAGAAGCUUAGCGUGAUCGCCGAGCACCGGCAGGAGAACGCGCGUGCCGAUCCGCACUACGAGGUCACGCAGGACGUCCGCCAGCAGCUGCGCUUUCUGGAUGAACUGGAGCGGGCUGAGAAGCGGCGGCAUGAGGAAGAGGAGCGCGAAAUGCUGCUCAGGGCGGCGCGGAGCCGAAUGAGGGCCGAAGACCCCGAACACCUGAAGCUGAGGCAGCGAGCUCGAGACUUGCAGAGGGCCGAGAUGGAAGAGGCGAGGCAGCGCGAGGCGAACAUGACAGCGCUUCUGGCCAUCGGAAACCGCAAGCGCCCCAUGCCUGUCGCGGCACCGGGAGCAGUGCCGGGGCAGCAGCCAACCUCUUACUAUGCUCAAGUGCGCAGGCCCCGGCUGAAGAAGGUCAGCCCGCGAGACGUGCUGUUCCUUAUGGAGCAAGAACGAAACAAGUUCCACCGCGAGUUCAUCUACAAAGCGUACAUGAAGUACUGAACAAACACUUUCUUUUCAUCCUUUGUCAUCCAAUGAUUUCUGCAUGCAGGUGGCAUACACUCUUCUGCUUUAUUGUUGUUACCACACUUGUUGUCCAUAAAAGGGUUCAUGUACCAGUGUAAAACGUGUUCUUUUCAGGGUAAAAAACGCAACAGCGCGGGCAGAUUGCGAUUUAACAGCAAGUUCGCGUGUGAAGGCCGCUGAGGGGGUAAUUGAAUAAAAUCACAUUUUCUUCCGAGGCAAAAAUCACUUCAUGAUGACUGUCUGCUUAUACACUUAGUCUAUGAACAUUCAUUCCUAGCAGACACGAGGCAUCUAUUUCAAUAACUUU